UCGGCCUGUGAGAACUUGUUGGCUGUGAUUCAUUAGCCCCAAAUGGCUGCGCACAUUCCACGAGGUGCUUUUAGCUGCUGGUGUUGUAUGUGCUCCAGGAGGAAUGCCUUGCCUUCAGGAGAGGAGGUGAGUGGCUGAGAAACUAGCCAGCAAACGUGUCUGUGAAAAGGCUGCCAGCGUACCUACAACAAUAGUGCAUUUGCAGUGAAGUCUUUCGCCUAUUUGGAAAGGAUAAAGGAAGGCAAAGGGGUUAAAGUAGUUCAGAGUUCCUCAGCUUCAGGUCAAAGGGAAGCGAACGCUUAAUUAGUGGUUCUGCAGAGUUUGAGCUUUGCACAAUUGCCCAGAGCAUGCCAUUCUCUGAUGUUUUAAAAGCAACUGGCUUCUUGCUGAAGUUUCUAAAAUGAGUUGACCAGCUUUUGCUGGAAAGCCUGUUGUUUCCACAGGAGCAAAAGACUUGAUUGUGCUGGAUCGACCUCCCAACAGUUUAGUGUUCUUUCUGCUGCCAUCUAGAUGUGUCUUGGUGCUUCAAGAUGAGGGUAUGACAACGACAUUGUCCCAGGUGUGCUGUUGGGCAUCCAGAGGUUUCAACUCUCAUCCCGUGCAGUUGAGGUAGAUCCAAAGGCCAAUUUUAUUGCAGGUGCAAAGCAACUGCCAGAUAUUCUGUUACGAAGAUAACGGAGAGCCUGAGAUGUCUUGGAAAAAACCACACCUUGUGGUCGCUGUUUGCAUUGCUACCUGUGCUUCAAUUGUGACUCUUUCCUACUUUCAGAGAGCAAAACUCUCUUCCAUGUCCAUGCCAGAAGUCAAGCUCUGCAGAGGGAUUCCUACCAAUAACACCAUUACACCCUUAAAAGAUAACCGAACCUUCAUCAUUGCUCCAUACUUUGACAACAGAAAGAUCAAAAUGACACGAGUGAUUGCUAUAGCCCACCACAAAGAUGUUAAGGAACUUUACUGCUGGUUCUGCCACCCAGCCAAUGGUCAAACAUACAUCACCAAGGCUGAAAUAGAUGUCCAUUCUGAUAGAUUUGACUUCCCUUAUGGGGCCACAGACUUGAAAUGUCUGGAACCAGAAGACUGGGAACCACGUUAUGUGUCAAUACAUUGGGCUCCUACAGGAGAUAUUGACCAACUACCACUGUUUGAAAUAAGAAACCGUGAUCCUGAAGGUUCCCUUGUGGAAUUCACAGUCUGCAUCUCCACCAUGUUUGGAGAGUACAACAAUGUCCUGCAGUUUGUGCAGAGCAUGGAGAUGUAUAAAAUCCUUGGGGUGAGCAAAGUGGUGAUCUACAAGAACAGCUGCAGCCCGCUGAUGGAGAAAGUGCUGGAUUACUACAUUGCAGAAGGGAUUGUGGAGAUAAUCCCCUGGCCCAUUGAUUCAUACCUCAAGGUCUCUACUUAUUGGCAUCAUUCAAUGGAUCCCAAGGAUAUUGGCUACUAUGGACAAAUCACAGCCUUGAAUGACUGCAUCUAUCGCAACAUGUACAGGAGCAAAUAUGUGCUCCUAAACGACGCAGAUGAAAUUAUUCUACCAGGGAAGUAUCCAGAUUGGAAAACCAUGAUCCAGAACCUUGAACAGCAACAUCCAGAGGCUGGUGUCUUCCUCUUUGAAAAUCACGUCUUCCCUAAAACCGUGUUCACCCUCACUUACCAAUUCAACACUUCUUCUUGGAACACAAUACCUGGGGUGAACAUAUUGCAGCAUGUCCUCCGGGAACCUGAGCAAAAACACGUUGUUAAUCCUCGGAAAAUGAUCAUUGAUCCAAGGAAAGUGGUUCAGACAUCGGUCCACUCUGUUCUCCAGGCCUACGGAGUCAGCAUACAUAUUCCAGUGGGUGUUGCUGUGGUCUAUCAUUGCCGGGCUCCCCUUCAAGAAAAUCUAUCUAGACUUCUUCUAAUCAAGGACACAACUGUCUGGAGGUACAAUAUGUCAUUGAUUGGAAAUGUCAGCAAAGUUCUACAAGAAAUAGUGAGAGACACAGGAGAAUAUAGCUGAGGGAGACCAAACUGGUGGCAGUGAUAGCACCUUGGCAAUAAAUACAGGUAGGUGGAGUCACUAAGUCAACAUGAACCUCUCCUGAAAGGUCUGAAGAGGACUAGCUGAGUAUAUGGAAUAUAGUGGUCGAGCUCAUUUACUGGUUGGCUUAAAUGCAAGUGGAUAAAUUGGUGGCAAAGAGAGGCAAUGAGUGGCAAAAAUGACACAAAAAGUCAAACAGGAAUCCAUUUCUUUCUUCUACAAAUGCUGAUCAUCAUAGAUCUGUGUCUUUCCAGUAUUUGAAGGGCCUUUAUAAAGAAAUGACACGUUAUUGGAACUAAUGGAACAGUCGGUGUUUGGCCUGCUGGCCUGCUUGUGCUUUGUAGUUGGUUCAACUGGAAGAAUAAUUCCAUCUGCAUCUCUUUCUGGACCCCCCCCCCCCCGCAAUCCCAUUUCAUUAAAAAGGAAAGCCAGUUGGGUUGACCAAAAUUUGUGUCACUCA